GGGCCUAGCGAGGCUGAAUCAGAAAAUCAACACAUAGAGGCUUUUCUUUUAGCCCAAUAACCGAUUCAUGUCCCGUCAGUGUUUCUUUCUCGGUCAGUCACUCAGUCCCCUUGGAAAGAGGAAUGGCGCUAGCAGGGACGAAAAUGGAGAAAUCGUCUCUCUAAGAUGAGUCUACGAGCCACCAAGUCAGCGAGCAGAGUUAUGCUCUAAUGGAGUACAGAUGCGUGCAGUGUGGAUUUGGGAUCAAAACACUGUACGUGCAGUAUUCUCCGGGCAACAUUCGGCUGAUGAAAUGCAACUAUGCAGGAGAAUUGCAAAGCCGUGGCAGACGAGUACAUAGAGUGUGAAAUGAUGAUUCUGCUAAUAGAUUUAAUGCUUCACAAGUGCAAGGCCUAUAGACAUCUUCUCUUCAACGUCCUCAAUCAAGAAGCCUAUAGAUUUAAGGUGUUAUUCUGGAAAUUGGCAGCCAGUUUUCUUCUUUUGGAUGCUUAUAAGAGUUUGGUUUUAGAAAGGAGCAAGGAUGAAUUUGUUUCAUCAACGAGUGUCUCUUCACUAGUGUCAAUAUGUUGGAAGAUGCUGAUAGAUGUCUUCUUUGGGAACUUAAUGUUUCUUUUGACUUUCAUUUUUGCAAUGAGGAUAUUUAUCGGUGAAUCAAUCAGAUUCUCAAGGUGUAAAGACUUGUUGCUUGCAAUCUUGGUCUCAGGUUACUUCAAGGUUUUUCUUAUUUCAAUGAUGGUCUGGGAAUUUCCAUCUUCUGUGAUCCUCAUUAAUGAUUUAUUUGUCUUAUCAUCUAAUGUAGUAGCACUGAAAGUGAUGACAGAGUCAACUAUCAAUCGAUGCAUUGGGGUCUGCAUCAGUGCCCAUGCUGUAAAAGUAUUUGUCACUCACUUAGCUCAGCUCAGAUUGUUCUGGCAUUAAUAAAAUGCAGGCUCAACGGCCCUCCUUAUUGCCUUUGAAAGCCAGCAUGAUGUUGUUCUUUGUAUUGUCGUGCAAAUGUAUUGGCAGUAUAAUUCAGCUCCUUGACAGCUUUAUAUUCCUGUAAAUGAUACUCAUACGUGGACACAUCAGGGACAUUCUGCUGUAGGCUCAGCUUGCAUAGAUUUAGAGUCCAAUAUUGAAGCUGUUUUUUUUUUUUUCCCUGUUGGUUUUUAUUAAUUUGUGAAUGAAGUUUCUAAAUGAUGUAAUACGUUGAGCCUACAAAUGAAAGACCUGGCUUGUCAAAGUUUUUGUAACUAGGUUUUUUUUUCCUCCUGCAAUGUACGGAAUCUAGUAGAUGAGCUGGUCACUGUUCUAAAGCAGAGUGAAAAGUGAUGACUUGCACAAUGUUUUAUAUAUUUAUUAUUUAUUGAUUAUUGAUUGAAGAUGGAUAA